UUGACUCAACUCUGUGCAGGCAGCUGAUUUAUUGUUAACUUGAUUGACUGAAGAAUGAGGUAACCAUCUCCUCAGAAGUUGGCCACUUUUUCCGAAGCAGUUGGUUGUUGCAAGAACUGUUUCUUUGAGAAAUCCUGCACAGAGCUGCUUAAAGUGGCAAGGGCAGGUCAUCAGGUUGGUUUCUACAUGGAGUAGUUUCCACAGAGAAUCAUCGGUCAAGGAUCAUUAAGCAAGUGUUGGUCACUCAGUGUCCAGUUGGAUUUCUGACCCAAACCUCUUGGGGGAUCAAUCUGGACUUUGAACUUGGUACUUAAGACACUGGUUAAGGUGAAGAGGUCGCUGCCGUCUUGAUCUUCUGGAAAGUUCAGAAUUGGUUUUGCAGAAAGUUUUGAACGACGACGUCAUUCUUUUGUUUGUACAAAGGUCAUGCCGUAGAUCCCUUAUGUCGUCGCCGCUCAGCCAUGGACAACGAACUCCCCCGGCAGGAACUGGUCAAAUGCGUCGUGGUCGGAGACAGCUCCACCGGCAAGACGCGUCUCAUUGUCGCCCGGGCAACCAAGAGUGCGAUGACUAGAGCGCAGCUAUUCCAGACGCAUAAACCGUCCGUAUGGGCCAUUGAUCAGUACCAUAGAUGUCAAGAAGUGCUCGAGAAUUCCUGGGAGGUCGUGGACGGAGUCAGUGUGACACUGCGAUUAUGGGACACGUUCGGAGAUCAUGAGAAGGACCGACGAUUCGCCUAUGGGAGAGCUGACGUGGUCCUCUUGCUCUUCUCAGUCGCUGAUGCCGUCUCUCUAAGAAACACAGCUCGCGUCUGGCUCCCGGAAAUACGUCAUUUCUGCCCCCGAGCUCCCAUCAUUCUCUGCGGAACAAAGAACGACCUGCGAUAUGCAGACCUUGAAGCAUUACUCAAAGAGCGAGGGCCAGUGAGCCACCACUGUACCAGGCACCGACCGUUCGACCCAAAGGGUAUCGUGUCGCCCAAAGAGGGACGUCAGAUAGCUAAGGAGAUCAAUGCAUUCUAUUACGAGACCAGUGCGUACACUCUCUAUGGUGUGGAAGAGGUCUUUGAUAAUGUGGUUCGAGCGGCGCUCAUUGCAAGGAGACAGCAUCGCUUCUGGCAAUCCAACCUUAAAAAGGUUCAGAGGCCGUUGCCUCAAGCCCCUUACUUGCCACCUUGCCCCAUUGAGCCAAGAAUCACCGUCCCUCCAUCCACGUACGACAAAGACAUCUCCAGUAUGCUGAGGGACCUUACAUGUGCGGAUGUGACGUUUGUCGUCCAGGGAGAAUACAUUCACGCUCAUAAGGUGAGCCUCAUAGCAGCCUCAUCUGUCUUCCACGAUCUCUUCAUGCUGGACCUCUCCGACCAGUUGGACAGCUCCGCAUCUCAAGACAAAGAGAGCUCUAAUAAAGACAGCCAUUUGUACGGCCACCAGCACUGGUCAAGUCCUGUCUCUGUCCCGCAACAGCUCAUGUCCACCUCGCCGGACAUCAUCGAAACCCCACCAGACAACUCAUCCCAUCAUCACCAAAGCAACUGCGAUAGAGACCGAGUCCUCAUGGAGGAUGGAUGCAUGAGCAUCUCCCCGAAUGGGAACACCUGUGUGAUUUCCGCCCCCGCCAAAGAGACCCCUCCCGCUGUGCUCCCUGACGAGGAGGACGACAGAACUGAUUUCGAGGAGUCGAUGGAGAGAGUCGAUGAUGUCAAUGUGCCAACAGUAGAGGCUACCAUUGUGCCUAUGAGUUUAAGAUACCUCCCCGGGAAGGUGAUGAACCACCCGGCCUUCCAUUCGAUUCAUCUGCAGCAGGCGGAGGACCUGAUCACCGGGAGGCCCAAGCUGCGUAGCGUGGUCGUCCUGAACUGUAAGAUCACCCCGGACGCAUUCAGGGCGGUGCUGUGGUUCCUCUACACGGGCUCCCUCAACACAGAGAAGUGUGCUAACCUGAGCGACGUGAUCACAGCGGCGUCGCUGUUGGACUUGCCGGACGUGGUGUCGGCCAUCGCGAACAUUAAACACCAGGAGGAGUAUAUGAACCUGGAGAUUGCCGAGGCCUUUCUAGACAGGCGGAGAGAUCGGUUCAGGGAGCUGUUUGCCGACAAGGGAUUCUUAUCAGACAUGGUGAUCAAGCUUGACGAUGGAGCAGUUAUAACUCACAUGAGUCUAUUGAUGGUGCGCUGUGACCCAAUGCUUGCCAUGCUCAGUCGCCACUUCAAAGAACGAUCUCAUCAAGAGGUGGUCUUGAUCGGUUUCAAGAAGAACACCUUCAAGGCAGUACUGGUGUACCUCUACACGGACCAGUUUCCAGACCAGCUGACCCGUAGCGAGAUGCUAUCCGUCAUCGAGGUGGCUAACUUCCUGUGUCUACCCAGGCUGGUGGCGCUGGCCGAGCAACGCCUGGUGCAGAGCUUCCAGGGGGACGCAACGGGCGAGUGCGAUAUCGGAGAGAGUAUCUCAUGUCUAUUAGAGACAUGUAAGUUACACAAUGCAGACCAGCUAUACCAUUGGUGUGUCCACCACAUGGCAAUCCACUACGAUGACAUCAUGAAGAAGCACCCCCGCCUCCUGCGCGAGAUUAGCCAAGAGGUCUGUAAGCAGAUCCACUGCCAGCGCUGGCCACCAGUCUACUAUCUUCAGGAAGCCGAAGAAUACGAGCAGCAGCAACGAGAGAAGAAACGCCUCGCCGAUCGCGCAAAGAAACACAAAUGGUGUCUAAAGUAAAACCUCUCCUCUCUCGGUACGGUCAAUGUGUAACAACUUCAGGAAAACUUGUUGUCGAUAACUUUACUUUUCCUUUUUUGGACCAUUGAUUUGUGAAUCGCAAACAAAAACCCAAAACCACCAGUCAAUUCUCAGGUCACUUGAUUUCUCUCACAUCUUUUAUGGCGAUUAUGAUAAUGGUAAUGAUGAUUAUGAUGGGGAAUCCUUGUCAUUUAAAUAGGCUCAUUGCUUAAUCUGCUGAUUCGGCUGUAUUAGCUGAUCUAGAUCUUGGUCAACAUUAUGUUGUUAGAGUCUCAUGUUGCAUGAAAAGCUACAAUAAGCGCGGGAGUGGGGGGGUGCGUUUCAUCAAGCCAGCCUUCCAACAGAAGAGCUCUUUAAACUUGCUUGUAGAAUCCAUUUGUGACCAAGUCAGGAACAUGCCAUAGACCAAUUUCAUUGUCACCAUCUUACAAAGAAACCUCCCCUAUUGGCUGAAGUGAAAAGUCUUCUUAAUGCAUGCAACCAACCUUGCCAGAAAUACCGAGGCACGCCACCUUUUCUGGACCAUACAGAGUCCUUCAUUUUGCAGCACAGGACCUAUGGUUUACGUCCCAUCUGAAGGACGAAGCAAUAAUGUUCAGUGUAUUGCACUUAGCAUAACCUAGGACUUUUCGCUUGUGAGUGAGCGUACAUCACGCUGCUAAAGCAUUCUUCGCUUAUACAGCUAGUUCAGAAAUGGAGCCUAGUCUGCAAGUGGAGAAUGGUGAUUGUAAGGGCAGAAAUCUGUGAUAAGCAGAGCUAUGAAACUUGUUUCAAUUGCUUAUUUACAAACAGGAGUAUGAAAUGGGGUAGAAACAGUACCCGUGUAUCAACUAAUAUUUGCAGUUUCUUAAACAAUAUCAUCUCUUUUAUUUGACUGUUUUAUUGUGUUGAUUUUUCACAUGUACAUGUAGGCUCAAUGGUAAACUGGCCACAAUUGCCAAUACAGUAUUACUGUUAACACUUAUAGACUGUGCAAGUCCCACUUUCCCAACGACAAAAUAGAAUUUCUAUAGUCAUAAACUCUGUUUAACUUAACAGCAGAAUCCUGCACACUUAAAA